AUGCCUCAAGCACAGCCUGAGCUCAAGAAGUACAUGGAGAAGCGGGUGUACUGCCAAAUCAACGGCAACCGUAAGGUGAUCGGUAUUCUCCGUGGCUACGAUGUCUUCAUGAACAUUGUCUUGGACGAGGCAUUCGAAGAGAAGGAUGGCGGCGAGAAGGUCCCCAUGGGCAUGUGUUGCAUCCGCGGCAACUCACUCGUCAUGAUCGAGGCCCUCGAGCGCAUUGAUACCAAGUGA